AUGUCUCGAGCUGGAAAAAGAAUCAAGCUUGAACCAAAUUUUCGCUCAAAUGGAAGUCAAAAAGAAGAUAAACAUCCUCUUUACUCAGGACAGUUUAUGACCUCAAGCAUUGAUAAUGAUCCUGAGCCAAUGGAUGUUCCAUGCCCAUCGCCUAUUCCUAAUGCUACUGCACAAAGUUUACCUUUUCUUAAUGAUACAUCACAAGUUGAACAAGAAAAACGAACAGAAAUCAAUGGUCAAUUCCCAAGCUUGUAUAAUCUUUUACGUGUUAUCAAUACAGGCUACCGAUCAAAUUUAACAUCACCAAAAUGGAAAAAUUUUCGUGGUCCACGUAUUAAAUGUGAAGAUAAAAUUCGUUUAAAUAAUAUUAUAUGGCGAACAUGGCAUCAGCAAUAUGUUCGAAAUAUGAAAAAAGUUGUUUGUCAAUUUGUAUCCCCAUUAGAUACUCUUGUUCUACCGACACAAUUAACACAACAAUCGAAACAACAGAUAAUAAAUAGUUUAAAAGGCGAAUAUAUUAAAUGGAGACAAAAUUCAAAGAUCGCAUUACGAAAAUUUGACAACGAUACACAAAGUGACGAAGUAAAAAAACUUUGGGGAAAUGUUAGUCAAAGUUACACACCCAAAAUUACUCAAAACCCUCAUCGGAAUGCAACACCGCCACCAGAAUGCUAUAGUUUGUUUGAUGAAUUUGAUUUAAUUGAAGAUCAAUUACUUUUUUCAACAACAAAUGUAUUCAAUGAUAAAGAUGCUGACAAUCCAUUCUCAGGUCUUGGUGGAAAUCCGGAUUUGUAUCAGCCGGUCAUGGGCCAAUGUCUUUUUGAUUUCAAUUCGUUACUUGAUGGUUUAGAUCAAACAAUGAUGAAUGAUCCAUUUAGUAUUCGAUAUAAUAAUUACAAUCCACAACCAUUAAAUAAUUAUCAAUCACACCCAGAUUUUACAUUAAAUCUACCACCACAAUCACAACAAUCUUUAAAUGAAUUUCCAAGAUUAGUUACUCCACCAACGGAACAUGCAAAUUUAUCGAUUGAACAUCAAAAAAACAUUCUCAAUCGAAAUACUACUAAUAUGAAUGUCAAUCAAUUAACUUCAAUGAAUAUUUAUAAUAACAAUCAUUACGAACCAUUAACACCUCAGACACUUCCAUUUGAUACCUAUCCAUCGCGAACUUUAUCUAAAUCUAAGAAUAAUAAUACAACUAGCAAACAAAUCAUACCAACAACAUCCAAUGUUAUGAUGAGCACACCGCAAACAACUUUAAGUUAUUCAUCGACUUUAAUAAAUAAACCAACAUCAUCAACAUUAGUUAAUCUUCUUAAUCAGAAACGACCAGCAUCAUUAUUAGAGCAAGCUGUAUCAAAUAAUUCAUCAUUAAAAGAAAAAUCUAUAACACCAGGAAAACAAGCAAGAAAACAAUCACAGAACAAAACACAAACAAAACGUCUUCUAUCCUUAAAUGAGGAUAUACAACAUAUGCCAAAUCCAACUCAAACGAUGUUAAAUUUUCCUUUAACUCGUAAAGCUCGAAUGCAACAACGCUCAACAUCUCGUUUAAUCUCUGAAGAUAUACCGUUGAAUAUGCCACAACAAUUUAAUAGUACAACAUCAUCUUCAUUAACUAGUCAACAAAAAUCAGCAACAUCUGGAGAUACGUCCUUCUUAAAUAAUGACAUGUUAGCCAAUACCUCUCCUUCGUCAAAUUCAAGUUGUGGACAAAAUGCUGAAAAUAAACGUCGCCGAAAUAUAAAAAAUGGUUUUGAAAGUCUUCGUACACUCAUACCAGAACUCUGCGAUCAAUCGAAUGUUAAGAUAAGCAAAGCUCAAAUGCUUGAUUUUACCGCAAAUCAUAUUCAGCGAACAAUUGAUUUGCGUGAUAAAAUGAAAACGGAAGUUGAUUCAAUACAACAUGAAAAUGAACAAUUACAACAAAAAAUAGCACAAUAUCAAUCAAGUUUACCUGUUGAUGGCAUUCCUGUAAUACAGCCAACACGGCGAUCUCGUGAAGCAUCAUAUGCACUUUUUCAUCAAUAUGUAGCGGAGCGUACGAAAAAGAGUUGGCAAUUCUAUCCGUAUUCAUUAGUUCUAAAACGAAUAUUUGAUACAUUUCAAAAUACUGUAACCUGUGAUUCACCUGAAGAAUUUACGCGUUCGUUAAAUGAAUGGAAAACGAAUUCUCUUAAUCUAGCACAAUUACGUCAAGCAGCGUCACAAGCUGUUAUUGAUAUGGGACGCGUUACAUCGAUAAUCACAUCACCUGAACGCGUACCUGAUGAAUGUGUUCGCUUGGCGGCUAACGACAGUCAAUGA